GGUCAAUGAAUUGUCUGCUCCCACGCGUCAUUCAACGAAUUACCAUACCUACCUACACCGGGGGCAACAAGAUGGCAUUUCGUAUUUCCUCGGAGGCCUUUUGGUUUUCUUCACGGUCAGACAGGAAAAAUUGAGGAAAAAUUGAGGCCAGAUCUGAGCAAACAAGACAUGUAUCUUCCCAUUUUUGAGCACUCUUUCACCGUGCUCGUGGCGCCGAUCCUUCUCUUGGGUCUCGUGUUCAAUUUCCUCAAAAAGAAGAUAAGUGUGCGUAGAGAUGGAGAAGGUAGCGACACUGGCGGAUCUGGUUCCCCAACCGCGCUGACAAACUAUUUCCAGAGCAUCUAGUUCAUCGACUGUGCCGACUGAAAAUCGGUAUGAUGUAUUCUUGAGUUUUAGAGGUCCAGAUACUCGAGAAAGCUUUACUGAUCACAUCUAUCACGGACUCAAUGAUGCCGGGAUUCGUGCUUUUAGAGAUGAUGAUGAACUCCGCGAAGGUGAGCAGAUCGGUCCGGAUCUUUUUGCAGCCAUCAAGAAUAGUAAGAUCCUGAUCCCUAUUAUCUCUGUGAAUUAUGGUUCAAGCAAAUGGUGCCUUGAUGAAUUGGUUCAAAUAAUGGAGUGUAAGAAUAAUAACACAAGACAUCUAGUGUUGCCUAUAUUCUACAAAGUGAAACCAGCUCAUGUGCGACAUCAAAUCGAGAGUUUUGGGGACGCAUUUCGUACACGUGAGAAGCGUUUCAACCCAAAGAUUAUGGAGAAAUGGAAGCAAGCACUCAAAGAAGUCAGUGACUUAAAAGGAUGGGGAGCCAAAGGGUACGAAGCAGAAUUAGUGAAAAAGGUUGUCCAAAAAGUGUUGAGCGAGUUAAAGAAAGAGUUUGAGUUAGUUAUUCCUGAAAAUUUGGUCGGAAUCGAUAAUCAUGUGGAGAAGGUUAUGGAAUUUGUAGAUAAGAAGUUUAGCGCUACCCUAUUUGUUGGAAUCCAUGGAAUGGGAGGCAUUGGUAAGACAACUCUUGCUAAAGCUAUAUACAACAAGCUCUUUGAUCAAUUUCAAUAUCACAGCUUCAUUGUAGAUAUUAGGGAAUCAUGUAAGCGUAAUGGUCUUGAGUAUUUGCAAAAUAAGUUAAUCUCUGAUAUAUUGAAGCAAAAAAAUCUAGUUCAUAAUAAAGAUGAAGGGAUCAAGCUCAUCUCAUCCAAGUUUGAAGGUAAGAGAGUCCUCAUUCUUCUUGAUGAUGUGGAUGAUGAUGAUCAGUUGAAGGCUUUGGCUGGAAAUCAUAAUUGGUUUUCUUCAGGGAGUAGGAUCAUCAUUACGACCAGAAACAAGACUAUUCUUGACAAUGCUAGGGUGGACCAUAGCUAUGAACAUAAAGAAUUGGAUACGAAUCACUCUUUGAUUUUGUUUUGUAGACACGCAUUUCGAAGGGACUCUCCUCCAAGUGAAUUUGAGGAAGACACUCACAAGGUUGUAUCCACUACUGGAGGGCUUCCCUUAUCUCUUGAGGUUUUAGGUUCAUUCCUAUGUGGAAAAAAGCCAACGCUAUGGCAUGGUACGAUAAACAAGUUACAAAAAGUCCCUUUUAAGAAAGUGCGAGAAAAGUUGAGGAUAAGUUAUGAAGCAUUGGAGCAUGGACAGAAGCAAAUAUUUUUGGAUAUAGCUUGCUUUUUCAUUGGCACCAAUGGAAGAAUUGCAUCAUACAUGUGGGAUGCCAGUGGCUUUUUCCCGGAGGAGGGAAUUGAAGUAUUGAGAUUUAUGUCAUUAAUAAAAGUUGGAGAUGAUCAUGUGCUCAAAAUGCAUGACCAAUUAAGAGAUCUUGGUAGGGAAAUCGUUCGCGAGGAAAACCAAGAGGAACCUCAUUACUGUAGUAGGUUAUGGGAAUCUCGGGAAGUCCAGAAAGUGCUUAAGCGAAAGAAGGGAACUGAAAAGAUUAAGGCCAUUUAUCUUAGCAAAAGCAGUUCAGAAUGCUCCAGCAAAAUAGAUGACCAAGAUGGUGAUAUCCACACAAGUGAACAAUUUAAGAAUUUAACGAGUCUAAGGUUCCUUCACGUGAGUGGGGCACAUUUUCGUGGAGAUUUUCAGAACUCUACCGAGGAGUUGAAAUGGCUUCAAUGGUGGAAUUGUCCCUUGACUUUUGAAGCAAAGAAUUUUAAUCUAGAGGACCUAGUUAUACUUGACUUGUCAAGAGGCAAGAUUCUAGAUGAAUGGCGAGGGUGGAGUUCCAUCAUGAUGGCAAAGAAGCUAAAAUAUCUCAACCUUACUGAAUGCCGGUCUUUAAAAGGAACUUUCUUCCUCUCAGCUUUUACAAAUUUAGAGGUUCUGAUCCUCCAAAAUUGUGAGGAAGUAGAACAAAUUGACUCUUCGAUUGGAGACAUGAAGAGUUUAGUAUGCUUGGACUUGGGGUUUUGUAGAAUGCUCAAGGAGUUACCAGUAGAAGUGGGUAAAUUAGAAGCAUUAAAGCAACUCCUCCUACAAUAUUGUCCCAAAAUUUCUAUAGUACCAGAGAGUAUUGGGACUCUACGGAAUCUAGAAAUUCUAGAUAUGAGGAGCAGUGGGAUAAAAGAAUUGCCAGAUAGUAUAGGGGCUUUGCAGAAUCUAAAAAUUCUAGAGAUUAGCGAAACUAGGAUAAAAGAAUUACCAAGAGGUAUAGGGGCCUUACAGAAUCUAGAAAUUUUGAAGAUUAGUGACACUCAACUGAAAGAAUUAUCGGAAAGUGUAGGGGCUUUGCGGAAUCUAGAAAUUCUGUAUAUGGGUUGGACUAGGUUAAAAGAAUUACCCAAUGGUAUUGGAAGGCUGACAAAGCUCCGAGAGUUAGAUGUUGCAUGCUCUGAUAUUUUUGAAGUACCAAAAAGCAUCAGUAAUCUUUCUUCCCUACAAAGGCUGGAGCUUCAUCGUUGUAAGAAGCUCCAAUCGCUACCAGAUCUUCCUUCCAGCUUAACGAGUUUGAGCGUCACUUGUCAAAGUUUUAGAUUGCCUUCACUUGCCUACCUCACCCAUCUCAAGAAACUACAACUUUGGGACUGCAAGAUUCUUGAGUGCAUCUCAGAGCUUCCAUCGAUAGUAAUAGAGCUUUUAGAAUGCUCCCCACAAACAGAUGUUGAAGAAUCAGAAUUACCAAAAUCUAUAAGCACUCCCCUCAAUUUGGAACAACUAUGGAUCUCAAAAUGUGGGUUUAUGCAAUUAUUGGAUGUUUCCAGAUUAAGUCGUCUGAGGUAUUUAUUUACCAAUAUUUGCUAUAAUUUACUUGAAAUUCAAGGUCUUGAAAAAUUGAAAUAUUUGGAAACCUUGAUAAUAAAAAAUUGCACUUCAAUUGAAAGGCUAGACCUUCCAAAAUUCGGGAGUGUAAAGGAAUUAACUGUUGAACAUUGCAAAAAAUUAUCGGAAAUUCAAGGUCUUGAUAGCUUGGAGUUCUUGGAAAGGCUGAAAAUCCGUGAGUGCAUUUCAAUCAAGAGGCUAGACCUUUCAAAAUCAGCAUGUAUGAAGAAAUUAUAUGUUGAAAACUGUAAAAGCAUAGUCGAAAUUCAAGGUCUCGAUAAGUUGGAGCUCUUGAAAGAGAUAGGUAUCUCCGGUUGCCCUUCAAUUCAAAGGCUUGAUUUUCCAAAAUCUGAGGGUCUAAAGAUAUCAAAUACUAAAGAUAUGCAUGCUACCAAAAAUCGAUGGACACAUCUCAUGAAUGUGUCAUCAACGUUUUGCAAAAAAUGGAGAGAAGAUGAGUAGGAUGAGUCAGAAUAGUCGAGAUGAUCCACAUUUCCUAACAGAAUUUCAUAAAGUAGGGUUGACGGCGUUUUUAUUUUCUUACUUGAGUUCAAGGAAUUUGGGGGAGAUAUUCAUGGUAGUUAAUGUGAUGCUUUGAGGAAUUUUUCUGCUGAUCAUGCCAGUAAUGGAAGUAGAUCAAAAGGCCUUCUAAGCGCAUCAUUCAUCAUUAUUCUUUGGGCACUCGAUAGCAUGGGAAAGGUAAUCGUAUAGGUGGAGAAAUGCUAAAUGAAGGGGCAUAUAUGGAGGUCCUUUUGAUGCAAGGUUUUGGUUUGCUUUAUGCUGACCAUGCAGUUCACGACUUCAAUUUCUAAGGUACGCUUAAUAGUGGAUUUACGGUGCAAAAGGAACAUGUUGAGAGGGGCAUCUCUUGGUAUGCAUACGCUAUUGACUUGGGACAAAAUUUAUCCAACCAUUGUGUUCCAAGGUUUUUAUCUCACAAAGUUGCCUGCAUUGGCUGAUUAAGGUCAUUGUAUCGGUUGAGAAAUGCUAAAUGCAAGAAAGACUCUUCUCGUAGUGUUGUGGUUAAUAUCUGUAGAGUCAGUAAUGCCAUCUGUCAUUUGCCUAAACUUGAGUCAAGCAAAUAGUCAAAUGAUAGAUAUGAAUGAGAAUGUCUUCUAAUGUAAUCGACUGCACUGCGAGAUAAUCCCUAAUAUUAUGCACAAGCUCUUAUUAGUGCAUUUACCUGCUGAAAAGAAAAAAACCGGAAGCGUUUCCAUAACAUUCCGGAGGAAACUUUCCUUUAUUCUAUAUACCAUUUGAUGUUUUGUCUUUAUUCAAGGAAAUUGUCCAAAAACCCCUAAAAUUUUUAUAUGAUAGCUAAUUUAGUCCUAAACCUUUCGAUGAUAUGCUACUUUAAUUCUAAACCUUUUGAUAAUUUGCCUUUAGCAAUUUUCGGCCAUAAUUACCCGGUAUGACUAUAUUAGCAAAUCAUUAAAAGAGUUGAGACUAAAUUAGUACAAUUAAAAAUUAAGGACUAAAUUAGCUGUUGCAUAAUAGGCUUAGGGCUAAAUUGGCAUAGUUAAAAGGUUUAUGAUUGAAUUGGUCAUCAUACAAUAUGUUUAGGAAUUCUGGACAAUUAUCCUCUCUUUAUUUAUAUGAAUAGCACAUAAUAAUAGGGAAUAAAUCAUACUGUAUCCCCCAAAAGCAAGCAACCGAAGUUGAAUUCACUAUACUAAAUAGAUCAAAGCUUUCGUGGUUGGGACACUGUUAGAUGCCUAUCCGUUGGUUUGAGAGAGUUCAAAAGGAAAAAAGAUCCGUAAGCUUUGGGGUAUUAUUAGGAAUAGUUUGCUGAUGUUAGUUGCUAGAUUAAUUUCAUUUUAUCCACUAGCCAGAUAUGGUUAUUUUUCCGGUGGUGGUGAUGUAAAUGCUGAAAUAUUUUAGAGAGUUUCUAAAGGCACUUCUAGAGAAACAAGAUCAUCAGUGGACCAGGAGCUCGAUGUUUCGUGGACCAAAGGCUGAGAAUGCAUCCUUGGAACGGUAAAGGAUGUUCGCAUUUUGUUGUCUCACAUUGCGCUAAUUUAGGUUCAACAGAAGCUUUGCAGAGCUGAAACUGUCCAUUAACUUAAGUGGUUUCUGAAAUACUAAAAAUCUGGCCAAUCAGUUUAAUAUAGUGCCCACUAAUUUGGACGAUUGUAUUUCAAAUCGUUAUCAUGGUCGCCCUUACAUGGAGGUCCUUUGAGUCUUUAUUCAAACGAAGUUGUUUGCGAUUUAGGUUUUGAUCGUUAUGCUACAGAGGAAGCUGUAUUCUGCGAAUUUGAAUGGAUGUGGCCUUCUGUCAUUUCAGUGGAAUUUUUCAAGAUAAAUGCUGCCAUUGGUGAUAGUAUUGUCUGGCUUUUCCUUAAAAGGGCUCUUUAUCUUACUGCUGAUACUUGGAAGAAUGUCAGAAGCAGGAGCUUUGAGAUGGAUUGGCAUAGACAUUGUUAGUGAUCCUUAAUAGACUUCCUACUUACGAUCAUAUGAGCAAUUGGUCUAAUGUGGAUUCUCACUCCUAUAUGCAAUGCUGAAAGUUUUUGCAGCUUGGAUUUCUCGGCAAAGCCAUUCGGUGUUUGCCUGCUAAACUCUGUUGGGUCAAUGAAGAGCAAAGAAGAAAUGAAACCAGUCGGCGACGUGAAUAAUACAAGAAGAAAAGAAAAGAAAAUAGAAAGAAGGAAACAAGCAUGGGCCACCCACAGGACAUGGCAAAAGUCGAGGGAUAAGAAGAUAAGAAGACGUGGGCGUGGCGUGAGAGAGGGAGAAAAUCAGAGGAUAAAGAGGAUUUGUUCUGGCAGGGCGGGGGGAGAAGACAUUCGCACGCGACCAUCACACCCGGCUCGGCCAUUCCUCCCCACCACCGCGCGACCCUCACCAGACUAAUCCGACGCACUACCAGUCGGAGUUGGCUCGGAAUGGAUGUAUCCACCGCGGUUGGAAGUCUUGGAAUAAAUGUUUGCACGGGAACCUUGUAAGCAGACAGCCGGCGAGCAAAUCCUGAGGGAGCGACUGCUUUACCCACUACCACAGUACUCUAGGUAAGAAUCUCUAACGACAUCUGUGGGAUUCGAACUUCUCUCCUUCAUGAGGGGGAGAGAGCCUAAGCCAGCUGCGCCGUUGUGGGCGGUGGUUCCUUGAACUUUUAAUUUGUUCAAUGUGAUAUCUAUAUUUUUUGCACAUGUUCAAUUUAGUAAUUGAAUCAUAUAAAAAUGUUCGAUGUUGCUUUUCUAUUAAUUUAAGUUCAAGGAUUUAUAGGGAUUAAUUGAACAUACAUCAAAGUUCACGUGCCAAUUUCUCAUUGAGAAAAAGCAUCAAACUAUUUGGACAAAUUUUCUUACUUUUCUCUUUUCUCUCUUUUUGUUAGUCGUCCACAAGAACACACAAUGGGAAAGCAUACAUGCUCAAUAUAAAGAGAACUGCAUUACUCAUUUUCAUAGUUAAUAAUAUUGAAAGUGGUCUUCCACUCAUCUCCAUAACACAUUCAAAUUUGAUGGUGUCCACUUCUCAAGUCUAUCUUCAAGAAGACAUAUGUUACAUGUAGUUGACCAAGUAAAUCAUCCAUGUGUAUGUCGCGAUCUUCCCGAAGGUGGAGCACAUGAGGGAAAGCUAAUGGACUGCUAAACGACAAUGAAAGUUCCUCUCAUGAUGCCAUUACUUGUGUUUAGCAUGAGCUCUCCCAAGCCCUACCAAUUGCAACUCGGUACUCAAUUCAACAUAUACUUAAAGUUGCCAUUUGUAGCUGCCACUAACCGAUUAGGGUCAAUUAGACACCUGAGUAAAAUGUGGGAAUACAUUUUACUUAUGUGAAUAAGAGAUUCAUGAGUAUGGGACUUGGUUAUACCAGAUUUAUCUAAUGCCCUUUUGGUACAUUUCUCUUUA